UAUUGCGUCAUAGUAAAGCAUGUACUAAGCAACAAGCAUAUCGACAGUGCUUUCAUCAUGCCUUACCCGUGGCGAGGCAGUCGUAUGCUCAUUUUAAUGGGAAAUGUACAAACUCUUGUGAAGAGAUUUCUGGGGACUGGUACAACAUCAGAUGCAUCAGCAUUGGAAGCAGAUAUUGCUUCUUCUGCUGAAAACCAAGUCAGUAAUGCUUUUUCAAGUAGUACAUAUCAAUACUUUUCAUGGAUUGGACAGCAUGCACCCUGUUUUCCCAUCUGUGGUGAUCAAGUUCAAGUGUUGACAGAACCAACGCAAUUCUUUGAGGUUUUAAAGGUGAAAGCAAGAAAGGCUAAACGGAGAAUUACACUAGCAUCCUUAUACCUUGGGACCGGACCUCUUGAAAAAGAACUUGUAUCAAGCAUCCAUGAGGCAUGUAAGAAUGCUGCCAUCAUGAAGAACUCUGACUUUGAGGUUAAUAUCUUGCUUGAUGUGACACGUGGAUCAAGAGGAAAGAUAAACUCCCGCACAAUGUUACAAGGUCUGAUAAAAGAAUUUCCUCAUCUUGUUUCUGUUAGCCUUUACCACACACCUGACCUCAGAGGACUGCUAAGGAAAAUUGUUCCAGAACGUUUUAAUGAAACUAUUGGACUCACACAUUUGAAGGUGUAUCUUGUUGACAACAGUUUGAUUAUCAGUGGUGCAAAUCUGAGUGAAAAUUAUUUCACCAACCGACAAGACAGAUAUAUUCUCUUCAGUGAUUGCAAGCGCAUGGCAGAUUUUUUUCAUGAACUUGUCAAGGCAGUUGCAUCAUUUUCUUUCUCCCUUCAGCCUGAUGAUACUUUGAAGCUCCAUAAAAUGUGCAGUGUUCAUCCUUAUAAAGGUGACGACAUGAAAUUUAAGCUCGCAGCAAGGGACAGAAUCAGUGAUGUUCUUCAACGUCAUAUGCAGACGCAGCAGAAACUUUGGCAAGGGAAUGGUGAUAUGAAAUCUCCCACAAAUGGAUCAGCUGGACCACACUUACCCCAAGUGUCAGGUGUCCAAAAUGGUGGCAACAUUGCUGAUAAGAAUGAUACGUGGGUGUAUCCUCUGGUACAAAUGGGUCCCAUAGGAGUGCUGCAUGAUGAACAAGUCACUCUGCAGUUGUUGAGAGAAUCCUCCAAGGAUGAUGAAAUACUUUUGGCUUCUGGCUACUUUAAUUUGACAGACCACUAUAUGGAGGUCAUUCUACAGGAAUCGCUGGCUAGAUACCGUUUGCUCAUGGCAUCACCAGAGGUCAAUGGCUUUUAUGGAGCAAAAGGAAUAGCAGGUUAUGUACCCUCUGCUUAUGUCUACAUAGCUCGGCAGUUUUUCCAGGAAGUUCAGGCCUACAAACAGGCACAGCGAAUUCAGCUUUUUGAGUACUUUCGUGACAAAUGGACAUUCCAUGUGAAAGGACUGUGGUACUACCUACCGGAACAAACUAUGCCUUCACUAACACUAAUUGGCUCCCCAAAUUUUGGUUACAGAUCAGUUUACAGGGAUUUGGAAUGUCAAGUUGCCAUGGUGACAGACAACCAGAAUCUCCAAAAACAGCUGAAAGAGGAACAUGUACGAUUAUACCAGCCUUCAGUACUGGUCACCGAAGAAAGGUUUAGACGAGCAGACCGACAUGUACCUUACUGGGUGACAUUAGUAACUGGCUUUAUUAAACAUUUCUUUUAAACUGUGUAUAAAACAAAAAUAUAUAUGUACGUAUUUAUUUUUUGAAUGAGAUAAAUAGAGUGUGAGUGAGAAUUGCUAGAGGGCGUGUCAGCGUGAGAGAAAUAGAGAAAAGGGUAGUUGGCUUCUUGAUUGUUGAAACAACACAGUUGACAUGUAGUGCAGGUCAAGAGCUGAAUGGCAUGAUUAGAGCUGAAUGGUUGUAUUAGUGGAUGUUCAGACAUUCUUCAACUGUCGAUUUGCUUUGUCUUCAAUAAAAUUGUGUAUG